GGGUAGCAUGGCGGCUCUAUAUUAACUUCCCCCCCUCAGCAGCCCAGGCUGCUGCCGCUCUCCCCCCGCCAGGCCCUAACAUGCCGGGCAUGAUGGAGAAGGGAGCGGAGCUUUUGGGGGGCAGGAGCCGGGCAGCCCCCAAUGGCACCAAGAGGAGCAGCCCCUCCAACGGGCACUACUCGGAGCCGGAAAGCGGCGGCGGUGACAGUGGCGACGAGCACGAUGUAGGAAUGAGGGUCGGAGCAGAAUACCAGGCGCGCAUUCCCGACUUCGAGCCCGGUGCCACAAAAUACACUGACAAAGAUAAUGGAGGGAUGCUCGUAUGGUCUCCAUAUCAUAAUAUUCCAGAUGCCAAGUUGGAUGAAUAUAUAGCAAUAGCAAAGGAAAAACAUGGAUACAAUGUGGAACAGGCUCUCGGCAUGUUGUUCUGGCACAAACACAAUAUCGAGAAGUCCCUUGCGGAUCUCCCUAACUUCACUCCUUUCCCUGAUGAAUGGACGGUUGAAGAUAAAGUCCUGUUUGAACAAGCCUUUAGCUUCCAUGGAAAGAGCUUUCACAGGAUCCAGCAAAUGCUUCCAGACAAGACUAUUGCAAGCCUUGUGAAAUAUUACUAUUCUUGGAAGAAAACUCGCUCGAGGACAAGUUUGAUGGAUCGGCAGGCUCGGAAACUAGCAAAUAGAAAUAAUCAAGGUGACAGUGAUGAUGAUGUAGAAGAAGCUCAUCCAAUGGAUGGAAAUGAUAGUGAUUAUGAUCCCAAAAAAGAAGCCAAAAAGGAGGGCAAUAAUGAGCAGCCUGUUCAGACCAGCAAAAUAGGUCUGGGUAGAAGAGAGUAUCAGAGCUUGCAGCAUCGCCACCAUUCUCAGCGUUCCAAAUGCCGUCCACCAAAAGGCAUGUACCUGACCCAGGAAGAUGUGAUAGCUGUUUCCUGUAGCCCCAAUGCAGCCAACACAAUUCUUAGACAGCUGGAUAUGGAACUAAUCUCGUUAAAGCGACAGGUUCAAAAUGCUAAGCAAGUAAACAGUGCACUUAAACAGAAAAUGGAAGGCGGGAUUGAAGAAUUCAAACCUCCUGAGUCUAAUCAGAAAAUCAAUGCCCGUUGGACCACAGAAGAGCAGCUUCUUGCAGUACAAGGUGUCCGAAAAUAUGGUAAAGAUUUUCAAGCUAUUGCAGAUGUAAUUGGCAACAAGACAGUUGGCCAAGUGAAGAACUUCUUUGUAAACUACAGGCGUCGGUUUAACUUAGAGGAGGUAUUGCAGGAAUGGGAAGCGGAACAAGGAACCCUGGCUUCUAAUGGUGAUGCUUCUGCUUUAGGGGAGGACACAAAAAAUGCUUCUAAUGUGCCAUCAGGGAAGAGCACUGAUGAAGAAGAUGAGGCACAAAGCACUCUGGCCACUCAGUGUUUAGGCCCUUCACCUCCAGCACAGGCAUCUGCUCCGGCACCUACCGCUCCCAUGGCAGCUUUAAAUCAGCCGCCCCCAUUACUUCGUCCAGCGCUUCCUGCUGCUCCUGCUCUCCAUCGUCAGCCUCCCCCACUCCAACAGCAGGCACGGUUUAUUCAGCCAAGGCCAACUCUAAACCAGCCUCCCCCGCCACUCAUCCGCCCAGCUAAUUCCAUGCCUCCUCGUCUCAACCCAAGGCCAGUGUUAACCACUGUCAGCGGCCAGCAGCCACCCUCGCUUAUUGGAAUUCAGACAGAAUCUCAGUCCACUCUGCACUGAAGAAAUAAGCAGAAUUAUGUUAACUCCUACAUUUG